AUGGUUGCAAAAAAUCGCACUCCUUCUAACAAGAAGGAUGAUAAGGAGUUAAAGAAGAAGUUGAUUGACGGGAACAAAGAUGUGGAUCCUCAGCUAUGGCAUGCUGUUGAUGGAGGAAUGGUGCAAAUUCCACAAGUUAACUCUAAAAUCUUCUACUUUCCUCAAGGUCAUGCCAAGCAUGCCUAUCAAUCUGUCACUUUUCCUGCCGACUUCAUAAUUCCAUCACAAAUUCCAUGUGGAUUUGCAGCUAUCUAUUACAGGGUUGAUCCUGACACAGAUGAAGUGUAUGCAAAACUCAGGCUUGUUCCUCUGCAGAUUAGUGAGGCUAGUUUUGAUGAUGACGAUGUUGCUGGCAUUGAUAACAUGUCUGAAACAAAUAAUAGACAUCGGUCUUACACGAAAACCUUGACACAAUCUGAUGCAAACAAUGGUGGUGGAUUCUCUUGUCCUAUGUAUUGUGCCGAAUCGCUUUUUCCUCCAUUAGACUAUUCAGUUAUGCUUCCUUCUCAAGUAAGAAACUGA